UUUUAUAAAAAUUGAACUUAGUGUAAGUACACUGCAAUGUAUGAAACCCUACAACGCAGCACAGGGUUUCAGGCUAAAUCGGCUGAUAACAACCUAUUUUAGGCACUUACUCUAAGCUAAUGGGGAACAAAACUUGAUGUACAACAAGAGUAGUCGAUCCUGACCCUGAAGACAACCCUAAAAUACGAAAAAGCAUAGUAGAAAAGGACAAUAAUGAUGCCCUAGAGUGAAAAUAAAGAGCAAAGCUAUCAGAAAUCCUCCCAGUGUCUCUUCAACAAUAGCGAAAAAUAAGUCCCCUAAAGAUUAUAGCCCGCUUAGCCCAAAAGAAGCCACUGAUAAUACUAAAAAGACUGUGUUUGGAAGUGGUUACACCCCUAAAUCAUUACGUGUCAAAAACCGAUCCCCUGAGUGCGGGUGGGAGAUCAUAUCAAAAUAUACAAGAGAUGUUGGUCGAAAUUCCAUUCUGGAUAUAAACCAAGGGCCUUCCAAUACCACAAACACCCCAGAAAGACAGCUUGACUCACCAGAAUUAGAUGAAAGCAUAGACUUAAGGAAAAAUGGAAAGAAGAGAAGCGUACUAUCAAUCGGCUCUAUUUUCAACGAUAGCAAAUCAGUUCCGAAACCAAGGAAGAAGAACAAACAUUAUAAAUUUCUCAAAAAUUUGGAGGAGACAGAGUUUGCUGCAGACUCCUUCAUCUCUAGAUCUCGUACUGAUGAGCCGUUACAGAUGCCGGUACUAUCAUCUGUGCUGCUGACUCAGCAGUCAAAUCCUGUAGAUAUUCAGAAUUUACACAAGGAUAGCCAAAAUUCUUCAGGAGCUGGUUGCUCAGAAGACAGUUGUCACUUUGACAGUAGUAAAAAAUUAAUAAUAUUUCUCUAA